ACUAAUCAACCUUCUUUGCAUACAACAAUUUCUUCAAUAACAAAGUCUUUAUUAGAAUUUGACUCAUCAUGGCUAAAAUAUUGAGUUUAUUCAUCAUGGUCACAUCUCUUCUUGUUUUUUCACCAACAUUAUGUUUAUCUAGCAAAACCAAUUAUUAUGGUUACCUAUAUCCACAAUUUUAUGAUUGGUCAUGCCCAAAUGCAAAAGAAAUUGUCAAGUCUGUUGUUGCUAAGGCUGUAACUAGAGAAGCUCGAAUGGCUGCCUCUUUGCUUAGGCUUCAUUUUCACGAUUGCUUUGUCAAGGGGUGUGAUGUAUCAUUGCUUCUGGACAGCAAUGGACCAAUAAUAAGUGAAAAAUUAUCAAACACCAAUAGAAAUUCAGCACGUGGAUUUGAAGUAAUCGAUGAAAUUAAAUCUGCACUUGAAAUGGAAUGCCCUCAAACCGUCUCUUGUGCUGAUAUAUUGGCCCUUGCUGCAAGGGAUUCUACUGUUUUAGCUGGUGGACCAAGCUGGGAGGUUCCAUUAGGAAGAAGAGACUCAAGAGAUGCUAGUAUAAGUGGCUCCAACAAUAACAUUCCUGCUCCUAACAACACAUUUGAUACUAUUCUUACUAAAUUCAAGCUAAAAGGGCUUGAUCUGGUUGACCUUGUUACUUUAUCUGGGAGCCACACCAUUGGAAAUGCAAGAUGCACUAGCUUCAAGCAAAGACUCUACAAUCAAUCAGGAAAUAAUUUACCAGAUUAUACACUUGAUCAAUCAUAUGCUACAGAAUUGAGAACUAUGUGCCCAAAAUUUGGUGGUGACCAAAAUUUAUUUUUCUUGGAUUAUGUCACACCAACAAAAUUUGAUAACAAUUACUACAAGAACUUGUUGGCUUCAAGGGGUUUGUUGAAUUCAGAUCAAAUUCUUGUGACAAAGAAUCAAGCAACAUUAGAAUUGGUGAAAUUGUAUGCCGAAAAUAAUGAGAUUUUCUUCGAUCAGUUUGCGAAAUCUAUGGUUAAAAUGGGAAAUAUUUCACCUUUAACUGGAUAUAAGGGAGAGAUUAGGAAGAAUUGUAGAUACAUGAAUUAAGAGAAAAUAGAUAUUGUGUCUCUAUUUGUUGUAUUUUUAUGUUUUUAUUUUUAACAUUGUUGUAAGUUUUUUUCUUCUUAUUUUUAAUGGUUAGUUUGUAUCAUCCUCAUAUAUUAAGUUCAUCUUGGGUUGCCUUUUU